AUGCAAGCUCCUAAAGGCGCAUCUGCACGAGAUGCCCAGUGUUCUAGAGUUCUAGAGUGGCGGUGCGGGCGCAGAGCUGUCUGCAUAAGGCUGAGCUUGUUGGGCCCAGCGCCUGAAACCGAGGUGGCCCUGGGAAGGAAGAUGGGAGACGAUGUGGGAAACGUCUGUCUAUUGAAUAAAUUUCUCCAACCGGGAUUGGGGCAACUUUCUCCAGCUCGGCCCUCGGGAAUCCGGAACCUAUUCGGAGGCCCGACGGCCCGGGCGCAGCACAGGCCUCGGACUCUCCGCGGCGCCACGGUUGGCCGCUUUGCCACCGAGGGCCAGCUGCAAGCCGCCCGCCCCAGCGUCCCGCUGGCGGGCUCCGACGGUGGCGGCGGCGGCGGUAGCACCCGCUCCAGCGGAAUCAGCCUCGGCUACGACCAACGCCACGGCAGCCCACGCUCGGGUCGCUCCGACCUGCGUCCGGGCCCAGGUCCGUCGUCUGUGGGCAGUGCCCGCUCCAGCGUGUCCAGUUUGGGCUCCCGCGGCUCGGCGGGCGCCUAUGCCGACUCGCUCCUGCCCGGCGCCUGCCUUGCUCCGGCUCGCUCCCCGGAGCCUGCUGGGCCGGCCCCCUUCCCUCUACCUUCUCUGCAGCUGCCCCCGGGCCGAGAGGGCGGCCCGAGCGCGGCCGAGCGACGGCUGGAGGCGCUCACCCGGGAGCUGGAGCGGGCGCUGGAGGCGCGCACGGCGCGGGACUACUUCGGCAUUUGCAUCAAGUGUGGGCUCGGCAUCUAUGGGGCAAGGCAGGCGUGCCAGGCGAUGGGGAGCCUGUACCACACCGACUGCUUCAUCUGUGACUCCUGCGGGAGACGACUUCGCGGGAAGGCGUUCUACAACGUGGGGGAGAAGGUGUACUGCCAGGAGGACUUCCUGUACUCCGGGUUCCAGCAAACAGCUGACAAGUGCAGCGUGUGUGGACACCUCAUCAUGGAGAUGAUCCUGCAGGCCCUCGGCAAGUCCUACCACCCGGGCUGCUUCCGGUGCUCCGUGUGCAACGAGUGCCUGGACGGGGUGCCCUUCACCGUGGACGUGGAGAGCAACAUCUACUGCGUCAGGGACUAUCACACGGUUUUUGCACCAAAAUGUGCCUCCUGUGCCCGUCCUAUCCUCCCUGCACAGGGCUGUGAGACCACCAUCCGCGUGGUGUCCAUGGACAGAGACUACCACGUGGAAUGCUAUCACUGUGAGGACUGCGGGUUGCAGCUGAGCGGAGAGGACGGACGCCGCUGUUAUCCCCUGGAGGGCCACCUGCUGUGCCGACGCUGCCACCUGCGGCGCCUGGGGCACGGCCCACUUCCCUCCCCCGCUGUGCACGUCACUGAGCUCUGAGCUGGGGCGGGGUGGGCGUGGACGUGGGAGGAGGGAGGGUGGCCCUGGUCAGUGUCCCGUGGGCCCUGCUGCCGCUUCCACCCGCUCCAUCCCACACCCGCCCAGCUGCUGGCCUGCCGCAGGGGCCGGACCCCCGCGUUGAAGCUACUUCUAUUUAUUCACCGUCUGUGCCUCCCCAAGCCACUUCCCUCGGGUGCCCUGCUGCCUCCCACCUGCCCAGUCACCAGCUUUCGGUUCCAGGACUCCCUGUGCGCCUGCAGCCUCCUGGGCUGUGGGUCGCUGGGCAGGAAAGGUGGAAAGGUCCUCCUUCCUUGGCCGGGACUCUCCACGGGGUUUCCACUUUCAUUGGUUCCGAAGGCGCCUGGGACCCCCUCCAAGCGUGCGCCCCGGGGUCGCGGAGGGCACGGGUCGGCUUGUGUUUCCUAAGUGCCUUGCCCGCUGGUGGGUGAGGAGGGUGACUUGUUUUUGUGGGAACAUUGUGGGAUUUGGCCAUGGGGGGCUCGAGGGUGUUUUCAGCCACAGUUUCCCCUGCCCUGGCCCCUGGCUUGGGCCUUGCCCCUCCCCACCAUCCUCAGCCCCCGGCCGGGACCUCGCGCCCAGCUCCAGCCGCAGGUGGGGGCGAGGAGCGGCCGCGAGGGGGCGCACUGCGCGCCGGCCCGGGAAGCUCCUGUGCGCGCGCGCUGUGUACCAGGCUCCACUACAAACGGAUGUGAUUUGACUUAAAUUAAGUUUUUCCUUUGAGGAUAUUUUCAUUUUCUUUAAAAGAAUAUAGUUUUCUUGUAAGAACUUGGACUGGGGUGGUUGUUUCUUAAAAUUACAGCAGACUCACAGAGGUCUUAUUGUAUACCACACAGCUGGAUUUGGGGUGGUAACAACAUUGUCCCUUAACUAUUUUUGUGUAAAUUCCUCCAAAACCUCACAAGGUGUACCUGCAUUUCAGAACUUAGUAGCAAAGGAGGGUAUUGUGUGUCACUGUCUUAAGAGCUGUGACCUCAUAAACUGUGUUUUGGGGAAUGUA